AUGGCAUCCCAAGCCGAUGACACGAACUCUACAGCGCCAGCCAACACCGGUACCAGCUCGCCGCCGAAGGCAUCGCCGACCUCUUCAACCUCAUCAACCUCAUCGGCCGCGGCCGCCGCGGCCGCCGCCCGCCUCCACCGACCCAUUCUGCAGUCGCUGCCAGAAACGAGGCCGCAGUCGUUUGACGAGAUCUACGGCCCGCCCGAAAAUUUCUUAGAGAUUGAGGUGCGCAACCCACGAACGCACGGCAUCGGCCGGCACAUGUACACCGACUACGAGAUUGUCUGCCGCACCAACAUACCCGCCUUCAAGCUGCGGCAGUCGGUGGUGCGGCGGCGGUACUCGGACUUUGAGUACUUCCGCGACAUACUCGAACGCGAGAGCGCCCGCGUCACGAUCCCGCCGCUUCCCGGCAAGGUGUUUACGAACCGGUUCAGCGACGACGUCAUCGAGGGCCGCCGGGCGGGGCUCGAGAAGUUCUUGAAGAUUGUUGUAGGCCAUCCGCUGCUGCAGACGGGGAGUAAGGUGCUGGCUGCUUUUGUGCAGGAUCCCAAUUGGGACCGCAACGCCUGGUGA